GUCAACAAAAGAAAGCGCCGGUCGCGUUACCUGCUUUGGAGUUUAUUUUAACAGGUUUGUCCAUCGGGAAAACCUCCGCUGACGCUUAAUUGUGACAAAGCAACAAUGUCUACAGUUGAGUAUUUGAGAGGGUUUGUCAGCGAGAGACUAACUGCUGCUGCUGAAGAAAUAUUGGGAGUGUUUGAGAAAACUAUCGUCGAGUACGAGAAAGAGAUCGACCGUCAGCGCAUACUGUUGGAUAUAGCUUGGAAACCGGAAGUAAGGUUAUACAGGACAGAGCUCCCACAGCAAGAUGUGUGUAAGGAGGAGGAGGUUGUCGCUGAGCAGCAGCUCUGUAUUGAGGAGAGGAGCUCCAGUGUGGACCAAGAGGAGCCAGAGCCUCCACAGAUUAAAGAGGAAGAGGAGGAAGUGUGCAGCAGUCAGGAGGGAGAGCAGCUUGAAGUGAAGCAGGAGACUGAGACCUUUCUAGUGACUCCUAGUGAUGAGGAAAGUGAGCAGCAGCUCUUCUGUCACAGCUCUCAUGGAGCUGAGAGUGAAGAUGAGGAAGGAGACGAGCAAGAAGACUCAACAUCAACUGGAGAAGCAGAGCCAGAACAACAGAGUGAACAUGACGCAAGCAACACUCACACUAACCGUGUAGACAACCCCAACUUAUCAGAGAUUGAUCAUAAUACUCACACAGGUAAAACAUCUUUUAAAUGUGACACUUGUGGGAAAGCUUUCAAGUUUAAGUCUCGGUUAAAUUCACACCUGAGAAUCCACACAGGAGAGAAGCCGUUUUGUUGUAAUACAUGUGGGAAAACAUUCAAUCGAAUGUCAACUCUGAAAGCUCAUAAAAGAAUCCACACAGGUGAGAAGCCGUAUUGUUGCAACACAUGUGGGAAAGAUUUCCGAUAUAAGAGCCACUUGAUUGGCCACAUGGCAACCCACACAGGUGAGAAGCCAUUUCCUUGCAACACAUGUGGUAAAUCAUUCAGUCAUAUGUCAGCUCUAAACAUUCACAACAGAAUCCACACAGGUGAGAAGCCGUAUUGUUGCAACACCUGUGGGAAAAGAUUCAGUCAAAAGGUAACACUGAACAUUCACAACAGAGUCCACACAGGUGAGAAGCCAUAUUGCUGCAAAAAAUGUGGAAAGGAUUUCCGAGACAUUGGUCAUUUGACCGGCCACAUGAGAACCCACACAGGUGAGAAGCCGUUUAAAUGCGAUACAUGUGGGAGAUCUUUUACACAUAGAGAUCACUUGAAACACCAUCUGACAACCCACACAGGUGAGAAGCCAUAUUCUUGCAGCAUCUGUGGGAAACAGUUCUCUCUGGCGUGGGCCUUGAAAACUCACACAAGAAUCCACACAGGUGAGAAGCCGUAUCCUUGUAAGACGUGUGGAGAAGCUUUUGGACGCAGUCGGAGUUUGUUAGUCCACGUAAGAAGAGCCCACACCGGUGAGAAGCCAUACGUUUGCAAGAUCUGCGGGAAAAGCUACUUUGAUGCAUCUCAAUUGGCAUGUCAUAUAAAAUCACAUACAGCCAAGUAGUUUUGCAUUUCAAGAUAUGUAGGAGAUGAUUCAGAUUCUCGUGUAAUUGCAUCAAUGCAGUUUUUUUGUGUUUGGAGGUUUUUGAGGUGACCAGAAACAAAAACUGAGAUUACGAACUCCAUGGUGCUGGAUAUGAAUAGCAAAUGAAUAAUAAUGAUCUGUACCCAAACGGAUGUAUGCUACAUGUUUUUUAAUCUGAUGUAUGUGUUAUUAGUACUGAUAAAGAGGCUAGCAGUGGGACAGUUUUUCAGGAGCUAGUGUUUUGUAAUAGCCUUUUUACUUGCUGCUAGCAGGAUCUUUAGGAGACAGAUAUUAUCUUAACUUAGUCCAUCAGGGAUGUGUCCAAGAAUAAAAAAGGAUGUGAGUGUUGCACUAAUAAUGAAAUUAUUCUCUUGGCAUUCAACUUGCUUUUCUAUUUUUCUAUGUUCUAUCUAUCUGCUUUUGGGUGUGGGAUCAAUAAAGUUUCUCUUAUCUGAUCUUGUGUUUUUUUCAUAUACAAUCUUAUCUUAUUUUAUCCAAUAUUAUCAUGUCUUAUCUUAUUCUUUUCUUAUCUCAUCUUAUCUUGUCUUAUCUAACUUAUCUUAAUCAAUUUUAUCUUAGCUUGGCUUAUUUCUUAUCUUAGCUUAUCUCUUACCUUAAAACCCAAAGUUUCUGAAAUGAUUGUCGCUAAUUCCUUUCAGAGAGUCUGAACAGAAGGACAAGACCAGAAAUUAUGGACAUGGUCAACCAUGAUUUCUCCACAUUCCUUCCAGCAGCAUAGCUGGGUGCUAGUUUGUUGAGACACUCCUUCACUACUUCAUGUAUUCAUGUACUUUGGGUUUCAAGAUAAGAGAUAUGCUAAGAUAAGAUGAGACAAGAAA